GCCGCCCAUUUAUUGGUCAGGCUGAGCGGAGGGCGUGCCGACGGUGGCGGCGUGCGUUUGCCUAUGUGACACAAUUACAACAACUUUGAGCCGAUGGUUGGGGAAGUUUGCGAUAAAUCAAGUAACACUCACCCUUAAAACCCAACAUCACAUCAACUUCAUGCAUAAAUUGGCACUGGAAUACACGCUGUGUUUCGAUGCACAAUGAGGAGUGUGGAAGGUAACUUGAAGGGAUUUCCUUGAGGAUUUGGCAAGAAUUGCGUUACGCCCCGUUUUAGUCCUGGAUAGGUGUGCAACACUUUCGUUGUUAUUGCGUUUUGCCGGAGUUGCUCGGUUCCGUCGAUCUUCCUAUUUCUUUCCCAUGAAAUCGUGCGGAGUGUCGCUCACAGCCGCUGCCUCCGCUGCCGCCCGGAGUCUCAGCGUUGCUGGUAAUGACGAGGAGAAAAUGGCGUCGGGAACAGCGACUGAAAUCGAAGAGGACUUUCCGAAGCUAACAGCGCAAGAAAAAGAGAGCCUGGUCGGAACUGACAGUACACUGUUUGGAUUUCAUAGGCUUCAAGAAGAUGGCGCCAGAACGAAGGCCUUGCUGUUAAAGGCCGUUAGCUGCUAUGAUGCCAUCAUCCUGAAAGCAGAAGGGAAAGUGGACCCUGACAUUUUCUGUCAGCUGGGCCACUUUAACCUGCUGCUAGAGGACUAUCCAAAAGCAUUAUCUGCAUACCAGAGGUACUUCAGUUUACAGUCGGACUACUGGAAGAAUGCUGCCUUUUUAUAUGGCCUUGGCAUGGUUUACUUCCAUUACAACGCAUUUCAGUGGGCAAUCAAGGCGUUCCAGGAGGUGCUUUACAUUGACCCCGGUUUCUCAAGAGCUAAAGAGAUUCACCUG